AGCACAGUGGGAUCCCAAAUCAAAGGCGGUGAGCUCCCGAGGCCAGCACCCCCGGUUCAGUCUUCCGACCCCGGCUCUGCCGUCGUCCCGGAGCGCGAGGAUAUGCCGGAGUUUGUGGUGACCGCGCUGCUGGCGCCCUCACGCCUCUCGCUGAAGCUGCUGCGCGCCUUGGUGAUGAGCCUGGUGUAUCUGGCUGCAGUGGUGGCCGCGUUUGUCUACAGCUGCAUCGCGCUCACCAACGUGCUGUGCCACCCCCGCCGGGGCUGCUGCGGCCGCCCGCGGUUGACGGCGCCAGCUUGCCUGAGAGACCCCACGCUGGGCGAGCACUGCUUUCUGACCCUGAGGAGUUCCGGCCUGCGUCUGCACUACGUUUCCGCUGGUCGUGGUAACGGGCCUCUUAUGCUAUUUCUGCAUGGCUUCCCAGAGAACUGGUUCUCCUGGCGCUACCAGCUGCGGGAGUUCCAGAGCUGUUUCCAUGUGGUAGCUGUAGACCUGCGUGGUUAUGGCCCCUCUGAUGCUCCAAAGGAUGUGGACUGUUACACCCGUGACCUACUGUUGGUUGAUAUCAAGGACAUCAUUCUAGGCCUCGGGUACUCCAAAUGCAUCCUUGUGAGUCACGACUGGGGGGCUGUCCUUGCCUGGGAUUUCUCCAUCUACUUCCCAUCCCUAGUGGAGCGGAUGGUUGUGGUCAGUGGACCUCCUUCGUCAGUGUUCCAAGAGUACUCAAUCCGCCACAUCGGCCAGUUAUUCCGAUCAAACUACAUGUUCCUGUUCCAGCUUCCCUGGCUGCCAGAGACACUGUUGUCUUUGUCUGAUUUCCAGAUUCUAAAAGAAAUUUACACCCACCGCAAGACCGGCAUCCCGUGUCUGACCCCUUGUGAACUUGAAGCUUUCCUUUAUCACUUCUCACAACCUGGAGGCCUCACUGGGCCCAUCAACUACUAUCGGAACCUGUUCAGGAACUUCCCCCUGGAGCCCCAAGAACUGUCCACACCCACACUGCUGCUAUGGGGGGAGAAAGACUACACUUUGCAGCAGGGGCUGGUGGAAGCCAUUGGUAGCCGCUUUGUGCCGGGCCGGCUGGAAAGCCACAUCCUGCCAGGCAGUGGGCACUGGAUUCCACAGACCCAUGCUCAGGAGAUGCAUCAGUACAUGUGGGCCUUCUUGCAAGACCUGCUGGACUAG